UGUAAACAAAUUUAUAACUUGAACUUAACAAUAGCGAUAAAUGCCGUCUGCUUGUGUUGUUUUUGGCUGUAAAAACAGGACAAAUAAAGAAAAUGAUAAGCGGUUUUUCAGAGUACCUAAAGUGUAUGUUCAUAAUGGCGAACGGGUUAAAGAUUUUUUAACAAGACGGUCUGUCACAUUAAACUACGGACAAACAUUGUAAAAUGGCUGUGAAUAUUGACAACAUGCAAAAUAAUGAGCUGUCUGAUUAUGCAAGUGGAUUAGAAGGCAGUGUUCGUGAAAGGUAUUAAAGGAAAGUAUUGUUAUGUGAUGGAACAGACCCGUAUACUCUUAAAAAGAGUGAUUUUUCAUAUGAGAUAAACGAGUAUCCGGCCGUAACAUUCCCAGACAUAUCCAACUACCUGGUUUUGCAAACAUCUUUUUACACAACGGAACAAAUGAAAGGAUUCAAGAGCAUGGAAGCGUACAACUUUUUUGUUAGCGGAUGGGUCAAAGAAAUUGGAACGAAGAUUUUAAAGAAUAAUUUCUGUCUAGUUUUGGGCAGGGUAAGGCACUCGCAAAAAUGCAACGAGACGCCAGUAAAGACGUGGGUACUUUUGAAAAAUGAUGGAGAAUUUUUGACAGCGCAUUGUAAUUGUAUGGCAGGAUUAGCUGAGUCAUGCUCUCACGUUGGUGCUAUUUUGUAUGCACUUGAGACUGGUGUACGAAUGAGAAAUUCCACAACCUGUACUAUGGAGAAGUGUAAAUGGUUAAUGCCAUCAUAUGUUGACAAGGUACCCUAAUAAUUAUCGUCUUACUUUCUUCAAUCUAAUUCAUAUCUAUUUAAUGAAGUUUUUUAAUUAAUAGGUAAUUCCUACACCAGUGUCAGAUAUAGAUUUCUCUUCUGCCAAAGCAAAGAAAAAAAAAGCUAGAUGAAGUCAUUGGUGGAAAGUCUCCUGUGUCAUCAACUACCUUUAAAAAGAAGUGUCAGCCUAAUUCUCCAGAUUUAGAUACGUGUAACAACUUUUAUGAAGCCUUGAAUAAAAAUAACCCUAAAAGUGCCAUACUCAUGACGCAAGAUAAGUACUAUAAGAACUUUGUUCCUAAAUCAAGUACAAAUGCUCUGCCCAAAUCAAUUAUGGAAUACCGAAACCCAGCAGCUAUAAGCAUGCAACCAGCCAUCCUCGAAAAUCAUUGCCAAACAUUUAAAAUACCAGAACUUACUCAAUCACAGAUAUCCACAGUAGAACGUGAAACAAGACAUCAAUCAAAAUCCAAAAUAUGGUACAGGCAAAGAGCUGGCAGGAUAACUGCAUCUAAAUUAAAACAAGUUUUAAGAACAAACCCUCUGGAACCAUCAAAAAGUCUUGUUAAAAGCAUAUGCUAUCCUGAAUCCUACAAGUUUUCAACUGCAGCAACAAGACAUGGAUGCAAGCAUGAAGCCAAAGCCAUUGAAGAAUAUACAAACAUCAUGUGUAAUUUGCAUGAUGAUUUUUCGGUCAGUGAAAGUGGUCUUUGGUUGAAUGAGAAAUGGCCAUACAUGGGUGCUACCCCUGAUGGGAUUGUAAUGUGCAGCUGCCACGGGACUGGUUUAUGUGAAAUUAAGUGUCCUUACUGUAUCACAGAAAAAGAGAACAUUUCUGAUGCUACAGAAAAAAAGGGGUUUUGUCUGGUAAAAGAUGAAAGUGUGUGGAAAAAGAAUGAGCUGUAUGUUGAAAGGAUCAUGCCUGAUUUAGCUUUGUGGGAUGAAAUUGUUCCAAAGGCAGAGGUUUUUUUUAGAAAUUGCAUUCUUGCAGAAGUAUUUGGUAGGAAAUUUACCAAGGAAAUUGUAACAGCAUUAAAUGCAAACAAUUGAAUUUUAAACAAUUAUGAAAAAAGUACAUACCUGAUGGGAGCUUACAAACAGCAAAGUUUCAUUUUAUGAGGCUUUCUUUCAAGUACCAAAGAAAUACCAAUUAAAGUAACUAAAUGUUAAAGCAAUCAUUGAAGUGAAAUGUGCUAAUUAUAUAAUUAUUUAUAUGAAGUAUGAUUAUAAAGCCUCGUACUCAGGCUUGGUAAAUUGCUAAAUAAAUAAGCCAAACAUUGUUAUAAACGGCCCUUUUAUCUCUCUUUGAAAACAAAGAUGAUAAUAUGAUAAUAAUGUUUGGCUUAU